UACGCAUGCGCGGACUCCGCAGUGAUGGCCGCCCCAAUCUCCGGAUUGAGGAGCUGGGCGUUUUGUAUCGUCACCGGCAUCGUCUGUACUGUCAUUGAAAACACUACCUGUACCAGAUGUAAGCACAGAGUCCCCGACCGGCGAGAGGUGAUUUAUCAAGUAUACUUAGAACCAAGUCGAAUUACCAGGAGGAGUAUUGAUCAGCAUCUAAGAAUAAAAAUUGUGUAUGAUUUAAGUAUUGAAUAUUUACCCGUGGACAAAAACCAUUUAGUUAAGAAUAAACUGUUCCCAAAAGCAAUUAAAUAUUUACAAGAAACAUUCCAAGUUCGUAAAGUAGUUGGCCCAAUUCUGCUAAGCAGGCCAUGUGCAACCAAUCAGUAUUUAAGAAAGAAGGAUGACCCACACAUGUAUUGUCAAGGCGCCUGUGCUGACAUUACAAGAUGCGGCCCAGUAGUAGUUCCAGAAGAACAUUUACAGUAAAUAUGACCAUUGAUGAAGUCUAUGCAAGCUCAAAAUGUUUAUGGGAGCCUUGCUGUCGGCUAGAUUCAUUACUACAAAAUGACAAGACAAUGAACUGUUUCGCCCAAACAAUUUGUGUCAAGAGUUUGUCAAUCAUACAAGAAUUGUACAAAGUUAUGUGCUUGCUGUUUUUAAUUCUGCUUUGAUAACAAAUUCCAGUAGCUAUUCCACAGCCUACCAACCCUUCAUAGAUAACUUUAUUGAAUUGAAUGUUUUUUUGUAAAUCUGCUACUCUGAUCCCUCAAGCAAUAGAAUCUACUCCUAUUCUAUGCCUAUCCCGUCAUUAUUUUAAACAUUACUACCAAAUCAACUCAUUCGUUUUCUCUGUUCAUUGAAACCAGUCCCAAUUUUAAUUAAUAUUUGUAUUUUUUUAUGUCCGUCAUCAUCCUGAUGAAUUUACAGUACAUCCCUUUGCUUCAACUUUCUUUCCAUUUAGCGAAACUUAAAAUUACAAACAAUGGCGGCUCACCACCACCUUCCUCCAGGGCAGUUGGGGAUGGACAAUAAAUAUUGGCAUAGUCAGUGAAUCCUAUAUUCAUGAAUAAAUAAUAAAAUGGUGCAGAGAAGGAAUAAUAAAAAUAAAGCUAUUAAAACUGAUUCUGUUAUGAUUUUAUAUGGAACCACUAUUGCAUCUUAACAUUUUUAUUCUAGACCUCUUGCCAUAUUAUCCAGUAUUCAGUUUGUAUUUCAUGGCUUUAUCUAAUUGAUGAGUUGCUUAUCCUUUAAGCCUGUGCUUCCAAAUUUCUCUGUAAUUCUACGAAUCCAUUCUUCAUCCAUUUAAGAUAUUACUUCAGUAUUUUAAAUGAAAACAAAUUCCUGCACAGUUUGUCAUUGGAUUCUAUCUGCCACAAUUUUCGCCAUUCUGUCAUCUUAUCGUUGUCCGCCUAGCAAUUGUAUGUGAAUCCUCAAGAUUAUUUAUUGUGCACCCUCGUUAGAAGAUGGAGAGUAGGCAUAGGAAUAGAUAAUUCAGCCCCUCAAACCUGUCUCACCAUUUAAUAUAAGUAUGGCAGAUCACAUAGAAUCAUACAAUGUAGUCCACGCCAAUCAUUUUC